AUGUGUCGAACAUUUUCGCGCCAUAAUUUACUGUUUGUUUUCGGCAACGAAGCGCCACAUCAGUCGACAAUUUUUCGUUGGUAUGGAGAAUUCAAACGUGGACGGGUGAGUCUUAGCGACGAUCCCGGGGUGGGUGCACCAAAAACGGCAGUCACCCGGGAAAACGUCGAUACUGUGCGCAAACUCAUCAUUAAAGAUAGACAUGCGCCCUUGAAGAUCUCAAAGACCUCAAUUCAAAAAAAUUCACAUCAAGAAUUAGGAGUAAGAAAAUUAGUUUCUCGUUGGAUACCCCACCUGUUGACUGAAGAGCAGGAAACAGCCAGGGUUAAUUGGUGUCAAAAAUCGCUUGACCGUUUAAAUUCUGGAAACUCAAAAAAUGUGUACAGCAUUUUUCGUGGAGACGAAUCAUGUGAAGAAAAGCCAACAAAAGUCAUCCGUUCUCGAAGUGUUUCGAAAAAGAUGGUCGCGACAUUUCAAAGAACUGUUACUGUGGAUUGGUAUACCACCAUUUGUUUGCCAAAAGUCAUCACCGAGCUUCGAAAAAUCAACCCUGAAAGAAGAAUCAUCCUCCACCAAGACAAAGCAAGCUCGCACACAGCCCAAAACACAAGGCAGUAUUUAACGGAAGAAAACGUGGAAUUAUUGGACCAUCCUCCAUAUAGUCCAGAUCUAGGAGAUAACGAUUUCAUUACUUUCCCGAAAAUUAAAAACAGACUGCGUGGUCAAAGGUUCCAGUCACCAGAAGAAGCAGUUGACGCAUUCAAAAAUGACGUUUUGGAUCUGCCAGCAAACGAGUGGAAUAAGUGCUUCGAAAAUUGAUUCGAGCGCAUGCAGGUGUGUAUUAAUCUUCGUGGAGAAUACUUCGAAAAACAAUAAAGUCAUUUAAAACUA